UAAUAUAAGACCUCUGCUCAUAUCUUACUGUCGUUCUCGGUCUCGUAGUAUGUGAAAGCCGACCGACUACUUUUGACAGGGCGGUUUACGACGCCGAUCGCGGUAAAAGUGGGGAACUCAUUUAAGGGCAUUUGCAGCGUUUGCGACAGUCUGACGCGACUUACGGCCGUCAUCUCCAGCCAACCCUGCGCCUCCGUGUCCCCUCUCCUUGGCCGUAUACCUCCAGCAGUCCUCCUGUUAGAUCCGCGUUCUUCUGCACCAUGAACCCUUGGAUCUGUGUCGCUGAGGCCCGCCGAACCCCCGUUUUCAGCUUCAUCUAGCGGCAGGUUCGACAUACAAUUAUGGAGGCCUGAAAGAUAUCGGAGUUUGGGGGAGGUGGACUCUUCCCUUCCCCAGGGUGGGGGCUCAGGAGACUGCAGCAAUAAGGAGGAAGGAGUCGUUACAUUUUCUAUGGAACUGUUUAUAUAAAAGAAAAGUCUAUUUUUGCCAACAGAGAGAGUCUAUAUUUGUACAGUUUUGUAUGUAUUUAUGUGGACGGCGCGUGUGUGCGGAGCAGGUCGACACGCGUGUGCGGUGAGGUGAGGCUGUUUUGGGGCUGCUAGCGUGCGGUGGAUUCCUGACAUCAGCACGGUGCUAGCGCCCCCUAUCUCCCAUCCAGGAGAUAUCAGCCUCUGGUUCUCGGCACUUUCCCGUGCGAGUUGGUCGUGGCCGCGUUUGGGGGAUCCUUUCUGUGUGGGCACACUUCUGGCGGUCAGGAUGAGCCCCCCCCCUUCGGACUGUACGGCCCGUUGCCGGUCUGCGCGGCACGCAGCUGAGGUGGUGGCAGCGAUGACGACUACGGAGUCAGAGGGACGUCUGCGGGCAUUUCUAUCGGCCCACUGUCACAACGCGGCCACGCUGCGUGACGCCUUCGGCCGCACCGCACUGCACAUGGCUUCCUCGCUGGGACGGCGCCCCCUGGUGGAGUGGUUGCUUCAGAACAAAGGUGCUGACCUCCUGGUAAAGGACAAGGAGUCCGGGUGGACCGCCCUGCACCGUAGCGCCUUCUACGGGCACAUCCAUUGUCUGCUGGCACUGAUCAAGCAUGGUGGCCUUCUCACCACCCUGGACAAAGAAGGCCUCUCCGUCCUGGACCUGACCAUGAAGGACAGGCCCCAGCAUGUGGUCUUCAGGAGUACUGACCCCACGGAGGUUUACACAUGGGGGAGCAACACUAACUUCAGUCUGGGACACGGUAACCAGGAGAGCCGUCAUCAUCCUGAGAUUGUAGACCUCUUCGCCCGGACUGGGGUUUACAUCAAACAGGUGGUGCUGUGCAAGUUCCACUCGGUGUUCCUGUCUCAGAAGGGACAGCUGUUCACCUGUGGACACGGUCAGGGCGGCCGCCUGGGGCACGGCGACGAGCAGACUUACCUGGUGCCCCGUGUGGUGGAAGGUCUUCUGUCCCACCACUGCUCGCAAGUUGCUGCCGCCAAGGAUCAUACCGUGGUCCUGACGGAGGAGGGCUAUGUCUACACCUUUGGCCUUAACACCUUUCACCAGCUGGGCCUGACCCCCCCACCGGCAUCCAGCAAUGUGCCCAAACAGGUGUUCUCCAAGGCUUUGAAGGGGAGGACUGUGGUGGGAGUGGCGGCAGGAAGGUUCCAUACUGUCCUGUGGACCAGGGAGGCGGUCUACACCAUGGGGCUGAACGGAGGCCAGCUGGGCUAUCUGCUCGACCCUAAUGGGGAGAAGUGCGUGACGGCCCCUCGACAGGUAUCUGCCCUGCACCACAAGGACGUGACCAUCAGCAUGCUGGCAGCCAGCACCGGGGCGACCGUGUGUGCAACCGAGAGGGGAGAUGUCUACCUGCUCGCUGACUACCAGUGCAAAAAGCUAGCUUCCAGGCAGCUCAACAUCAAGAAGGUCCUAGUGAGUGGGGGGAGCCUGGACCAUCGUGUGGACCCCCAGGUGCUGACGGAUGAGGGUGGGGCAAAGGUGUCUAUCCUCGCCCUGGACCAGGCAGGAAGGGUGUUCUGCUGGAGAUCUUCCAGCAGCUCCGUGAAGCAGUGUCGCUGGGCGUAUGGCCGGCAGGUGUUUGUGGAGGACAUGGCGCUGAGCGACGACCACCUGAUGUUCGUCACCCAGGAGGGUGAAGGCUUCAAUGGCCAUUGGCAGCAAGACCGCAAGAAGAACGCAGAUCGCAAAGAGGCAGGAAGCGUGCUGGAGCUGGGUCAGUCCGAGGCCGGCGGGCCGUACGAGCGGAUCCGCUUGGAGAGGAUCCCGUUUAUCCACAGGGCCGUCAGCAUCACCAUGGACGCCAAGGGCCGCAACUUUGCGGUGUUGCAGUCGGACCCUAAGACGAGCCUGUUCGAGGUCCCCUCCGUCUCUGCCUCCUCAUUCCCCGAGCAUCUCCGCAGCCUGCAGGCUGAGGCCGAAGAGACGGACAGCAUCCACGACGUCACCCUGCGGGCCGGAAGCCGCACCUUCCCGGCACACAAAUAUAUCCUGUCCUCCCGCUCCGACUACUUCCGGCGUAUUCUGUACCCGGAGCCGGGUCAGGGGGAAGAGGUGGAAGAGGUGACGCGCAGCGAGGAUGCCAUGGGCUGCGAACUGCUGGUGCUGGACAAGGUCCCGGCGGACAUGCUGGAGCAGGUGCUGCAGUUUAUCUACACGGACAGCUGCCAGAUGCUACAACCGGGAUCCCAGCCCGCUGCGCCCAGCCAGGACCGCAGCCCGGGGAUCGAAUCGGACCAGCUGAUCCAUGACCUGCAGGAGCUGGGCUUCCACCAGGAGCUGAAGGGCCGGUCUGCCUUGGAGGUGUACCGCUCGCUGCCCGCCUCCAACUGCAGAGGGGAGGGGCCAAAGGGCAAAGCCAAUAAGAGCAACAAGAAGAGCAGAGGAAAAGAGGCCAGUGAGGGAGGGGUCAACCCAGUGAAGGUCCUUCAGGGUGUGGCCAAGAGACUGGGCGUCGGCAGUUUGUCUGCACGCUUGGAUGGAGUGAAAUACGAGAACGGAAGGAUCAACGUUGUACAAAAGAAGUCCGGAAACAAGCUGAAAUUCAACCCAAAGAAAUGCUCUUACCUUUGCGAUGUUACUCUGCGGUCCGAAGAUGGGAAGGAUUUCCCGUGCCACAAGUGUGUACUGUGUGCUCGACUUGAGUACUUCCACAGUAUGCUGGGAAACCCCUGGAUUGAAGCCUCUUGCUGCACUGCACUGGUGAUGCCGACUAGGGCAGACAUCCUGCAGGUCAUCCUGGAGUAUGUGUACACAGAUGAGUCAGUCACAGUCAAAGAGUCGCUGAACGUGGAAUUUGUGUGCAAUGUCCUGGUCGUGGCCGACCAGCUUCUCAUCCCUCGCCUGAAGGAGAUCUGUGAGGUGACCGUCGUGGAGAACCUGACCCUGAAGAACGUGGCGGAGCUGCUGGAGUUCGCAGCAAUGUACAAUGCCCAGCAGCUCAAACUGUCCUGCCUGCAGUUCAUCGUGCUUAACAUGGCCUCCCUGCUGGAGACCAAAGCCCUGGAUAUCCUGAGUGCCGAUGUGCAGCUUGAGCUCUCAGCGGUGUACAGGGACAUGAUUCCAGCGAUGCAGAAGCGUCUGAUCACACCGAACCCCGACGGCCCGGACCUCAGCGCCUAUGAGGACUGGGACUGUUCUCUCAACACGGACAGCGGCACGGAGAUAGACCACACCUCCCGAGAGACUCUUUUGAAGAAAGCCAAAGCAAAGGCAAAACGAAAGCCACGCCGGAGGUCCGACAGCUCGGGGGGGUACAUUCUGUCAGACGUCAUCCAUAGCCCCCCUGCUGCAGGUCUGGUGAGGUCAGGGAAGACCAGCUCCAUUGAGUCCUUGCAGGAGCUGCUGACCUCAGACUCUGAGGGGAGCUAUGCAGGGGUGGGCAGCCCCCGCGACCUCCACUCCCCCAUCUUUCAGGAUGGACUCCAGCUGGAGGACAAGACUCGUAUCCUGAAACUGAGGACCCCACCUCAAACCCCAGACGGGGGAUCCCGGGUGGCUCCCCCUGGCUGGAGCUCUGCCCCCCAGCCCAUUCCAAGACCCAAACCAAGCGCUUCCCAGCCACCUCCUGUUCUGGACAUGCGCACCAUCAUGGAAAUGGAGGCAUGUUCCUGGAACCUGCAGACUCCGCCCAAAAGCCCUGGGUCAGGUGGUACCAAGUCCUCUUCGCUCCCGCCAAAACUGUCUCAGAAGCAGCGGAAGAUGAUCGCCAUGGCAACCAAGGAGCCCAGCACAGAGAGCAUCUCGGUCAAGUCCUCCCCUGCGCCCACCUCCACCCCCACCAAAACCGCGAGAGCAUGGGCGACGCCUCUCCAGUCUCCCCAGGCAUCCCAGUCCUUUCGGAACCUUCUGGUAGAGGAGGAGAUGCGGGUCAGGGCCAGUGCUGAAGGUCCAGGAGGGUCCUGCUCUUCUGCCAGGAAAGUGACCUUUAAGAGCUGUGAGAUAAAAGAAAUGGAGAGACCAGCAGGCCCCUGGGUGCUGCCGGCAGUGGGAAGUCCACCUGUGGGUACCAUGGUAACCUUCGCCUCCAUCGUGGAGGAGGAGCUCCAGCAGGAGGCAGCACUGUGUCGUAGCCGGGAGAAACCGCUGGCGCUCAUCCAGAUCGAGGAGCGAGCCAUUCAGGACUUGCUUCUCCAUUACAAGGCCCUCAACAACCCGGAGGAGUUUGUUGUGGUGGAGAGAGCUUCCCAGGGGCCCAUUGCAGCCCCCACAUGGAACAAGCACUGACAAAGAGUGGAAGCAGUGCUCACACACCCCACCCCCCCCACUACCACCACCACCACCACCAGUGUCACCGUGACAUCCACCCCCGCCCUCAUCCUCUCCGACGCAGUGCUGUGCUUUACCUGAGUGUCUGUGUGAAAUAGGUUUGCAGUCUUUUGGUGAUGGUCCCAUAGCAUGGCCCUGGCAGCCCAUAUUACCCCCCCCCCAGGAACUGGAACACACCAGGUUAAGAGCUGGCAGAGAGGAAACUGGUCUCUGUCAGAACUGAUUUAAAGUACAGACUUCAUUUCCCAGGAAGCUCUGGGAGACAGGGUCAGAUGUCUGCUGGGAAGAUGGAGCCAGGUCUGAAGAACAGGUCUGGGAUUCAGUUUAAUAGUGUCUGGCGAUGAAGCCUGAUAAGCCUGAUAAGACACUGAGGACUACAGCAGUGUGCAGGCAGCUGUUUCGGAGAAUGAUGGCACAGAACGUACCAGGCAGUGUGUCUUUUUUACAGAGGGGCCCAGUGGGGCAAAGUACACAGUUUUUGUGUGUGUUUUGCAUGGCUGGAGAGCAAUGCUCAGGACAUGCCUGUACUCGUCUGUGCCGUUCUUACAUUCUUAGUGACUGCUGGUACCUGUAGCUGCGUUGUGGAACCGCUCUGCUCCUGACAGUGUUUCUCAACCCCAGAGAGUCCGUGUCUCUGCUACCUGGAGCUGGGAGGGAGCAAAAAUGUGGACUGUCUGGAGGUACCCUGAGGACUGGGUUGGGAAACCAGUGCUCUAAGGUCUUGAAAAUAAAAUGCUGACCUCGACCCUGGGUGUCUUAGGCUAUGUGCCCCCCCAGUCCUGCAGUGAGCCUGCAGCCACGCAAUAAAGACCACAC